AUGACAGAGCCUAUCACCAGAGAAACGAGAUUCAACGAACUUCCACAACAAAUAAAGCAGAAAUUGAUCAAUAUCUAUCGGAGCUCACAUCAGCAAUAUCUGUCGAUGGAAAUGCUGAAGCCGACAAAGUUCAAUCUUUUAUACUCGCAAACACAAGAUCUACAGACAAGGAAUCUGCAAAAAAAUUUUAGGCUUCUUGUGGAGAGCGCAGAGAAGCUGAAAAGGAUGUGGUAUCUCUGCAAGGAUGAGGUGGAUUUCCGGUACCUACAUGAAAACCUGAAGAAGGCGUUGGACGAGCUCAAGGGAGAGGUGAUGCUGUACAAGAAGAAUGAGGGAAACACAGAGUUUCUUGAUGAGAUCUCUAUGACAUAUGGGAUGCUCAAGAACAAGCUUGAGAGCCUUACGAAGGAAAAAAGGAUGUAG